AUGGAGGAAAUGUCGAUAGGAUCAAUGAUGGCACAGACUGAUCAAAGAGAUGGAGAAGAACAUGCGAUCUACUACUUAAGCAGGAAAUUGCUAGAGUACAAAACCCGCUAUACUCCAGUAGAGAAGACCUCUACCUCUUUAGUCUGGGUGACUAAAAGAUUGAAGCAUUACAUGAUCUCACAUCCUAUCAAGCUUCUUUCAAGGAUGGAUCCGAUCAAAUAUCUUUUUGAGAAGCCAGCGUUGACUGGAAGGAUGGCCAAAUGGCUACUGCUACUGUUAGAGUUUGACAUAACAUAUGUCAAUCAAAAAUCCAUAAAGGGGCGAGCAAUCUCAGAUCACUUGGCAGCACAUCCUGUAGGGUCAGAUUCAUGGCCAACAGAGAAUUCCUUCCCAGACGAAGACUUGUGUUUUGUAAAAGGAGGCCAAGAAGAAGAACGGCAAUUGUAUUUCAAUGGAGCUGUAAAUCAAAAAGGGUUUGGGGUAGGAGUGUUACUUAUAACCCCAGAAGGCCUCUACUUACCGAUGGCAUUCCGUCUGGAGUGUAGUUGCACCAAUAACAUUACAGAAUAUGAAGCUUGCGCCAUUAGUCUGAAAAUGGCAUUGUCUGUGGGAGAAGAAAAGAUUAAAGUCUUCGGAGACUCCAGAGAUGAAAAAUUAAAGCCUUAUCAAGUACAUUGGAACAAAUGGCUAGACAUUUCAAAGAGAUCUCUUUUGAAUAUUUACCUAGAGAUAGCAAUCGGUUUACGGAUGCCUUGGCUACUUUAG